AUGCAAAACGUUGCUAUCGCUCUUGCAGCUUCCGCUGUCCAAUUAUUGGAAUCGGAAACGGAAACCGAUUCGGAUUCCGAUUUUGAGGAUCACAUUCUGAUGACCAUUAACAAAAGAAAGCGGGUCGAGAAUUUCGUCAGCGAUGUAGUGGAGAAUCUCUCGGAGGAGGAGUUCCGACGUCACUUCCGGCUCUACAAAUCCACAGCCGAAACGAUCAUCAGACGAUACGCAGAGUCCGAAUUUUAUCGAUCGAAUACCGGUAUUGGACGCAGGAAUGUUUCGGCAAAUGAUCAAAUGUGUGCUUUCUUAUGGUUUUGUGCAAACAAGAAUUCUUACCGAGAGAUUGGUACUUUAUUUAAUAUGUCCGAAACGUCCUUCUACAAAUGCCUCAAUAAAAUCUUGGACUUUUUUUAUAAUCUGUCCAAGGAGAUUAUUCGCUUUCCGGAGACAGAGGCCGAAAUGGAAAAAAUCGUUACAGGAUUCAAAAGUAUUGCUGGUUUUCCUGAUGUUAUAGGCUGUAUUGACGGUAGCUACAUCGCAAUUCGAAAACCUGCCAAUAAAAUCAGGUCCACCUACAUCAACCGGCACGAUAUGCUAUCGAUGACUCUUCAAGGAGUCUGUGAUCCUAACAGAAGAUUUCUUGAUGUUUGUGUUGGGUCACCAAGUCGAAUCCACGAUUCAAGAGUGUUUUCAUUGUCACCGAUCAGCGAUGAUCUACCAGGUAUAUGUCAGGGAAGAUAUCAUCUUCUCGGUGAUGCUGCGUACCCGGUCCGGGAGUAUUUGUUGAUUCCGUACAAGGACUACGGUAACUUGACGAUUAAGCAGAGGAAUUAUAAUCGGAAGCACUGUCAAACUCGGGUCAGAAUAGAAAAUAGCUUCGGAGUGCUGAAGCAACGAUUCCGCCAGUUAACACGGCUGGAUUUUUUUCACGUGGAACGAAUGUGCAAAUUUGUUAUCGCAUGUUGCACUUUGCACAAUAUGUGCAUUGAUCAAAAUGAUCAUUAUGAGGAAGAUGAGGAUCCUGAUGAAAUUAACGACGAAACAAGAGGUAAUGUGCCAAACAAUUUACCAACUGGAUCUCAGUCUUCAAGGAAUGCCACCUUGCGUAGGCUAGGCGAGUUAAAAAGAACUGAAAUAUCUGAAAAUUUAAUGUAA